CAUUUCUAAUGAAAAAAAAUAUUUUAUUUCUAAAAACAUCGUGUGAUAUAAGAGGAAGAGAUGGUAUAUUGAUCAUCAUAUGAUGUAAGAUCCAAUGUCAAGAGCGUGUAAAUAGGUGAAGGUAAACGAGUGACUUUUCUCUCUCGUCGAGAGAUCAGACGUGAUCAGUUCCCGAGUAGUAGAGAUCUUGCUAAAGUUACUUUGUAGAUCAAAAUGAAGCAACACGUUACGCGAUAAAAAGAAUGUGGAGUGAUUUUUAUCUGCGAUAAUAAUCUUAUAUCAUGUCGCGUAUCUCUUAUCCUGAAUUUUUAACGGAAGCGGCAGGUGUGAAGAUUGUAACAUCUUUACCCGAAGAAGAUUCUCUCCUAUCAGGAAAGAUAGUUCUUAAAAUGCGGAAAAUAAACACAGCAUCGGACAUACAUGGUAAAUCUUGCGGAUUUCAUUUGACCAAGUCAAAAUGGGAUCCCUAUCCGUGGAUUGGCUAUGUCGAAAAGAAUAGUCCUGCCGAUUUAGCAGGAUUGAGAACCGGCGAUUGCCUGUUGAGCAUUGAUAACAUCGAUUUAUUGGGACUAAAAGUCAAAGAUAUCGCUGCUUUAAUUCGUAGUGAAGGAGAUGAUAUAAAUUUUUCCAUCUGGCGAUAUCCGCGUCAAAAAGAGGAGCAUGAUAUUGGAUUAGCUUUAAAGGGUCCACUUCCGGAUGUGGCGAGGAAUCUUGCAAAUGCUUUAUCAGGAACGGUUCGUGCCUUAGAAUGCCCGAUUUGCUUGGAAAGUGCUGCACCUCCAGUUUCGCAAUGUGUUCAUGGUCAUAUCCUGUGUGUUAUUUGCAGACCGAAGACAUCUCGUUGUCCGGUUUGCAGAGUUCGUUUAGGUCAAGGCCGAUGUCUUCUCGCAGAUAAAUUACACACAGUACUUCGCGAUGCUUUUAACGUGAAUAAUGAUGAGACAUUAAAUAAGACACCUGUCGCAUCCGAACAUUGUAACUUACGCGAUCAAUUGUUCGGUAAAAAUAGUAAAAAACGAGAAACCCCGGUCGUAAGCAGUUCAAAAAAUAAUUGUACCAUGUUGAAACCGAGGCAAUUCUUGUUAACCAGAUUACUCAGAAAUAGAGAAAAAGCUGUUUCCGCUGACAAUUUAACUAGAGUAUCCGAAAUUUCGGAAGAAGCAGCGGCGAUUCCCGAUGAAACGACAGACGCCAAUAAUGUACGAUUGUCCUUGAACGAUCGCACCAAAUCAGCUAGUACUGGUGAAUUGUCGAGGGACAGCCAAACUCGUAUCAAUGAUUCGUCUUCGCAAAUUAUGGAAUUAUCUGCGAACACCAGUCGACAGUCGUUGAGUUUGCCACAGACACCAAUUUGGGGCGGUUCUACGGAUUCUAUAUCCUGUAUACAAUUGACAUGUCCUCUUUUGCAAUCUUGUAGAGAACUAGUAACGGCCGAUUCACUGUUGGAGCAUAUCAGGACACACGCGUUACCGCAAAUUCAUUUUUACUCCGGAAGCGCAAGGAUCCCUCUACCGCUUCCUUUUGGACAUGAUGCUUUUUAUAUAUUUCAUCACGAAAAUAAUAUAUUCUUCUUUCAGUGCAAAGAUGAGACAGCAUGCAUGACAUAUCCUGUUAAAAUGGCAGGAUAUGCAAUAAGCAACAUAUGGGAAUGGACAUUGCAUGCUUGGGGUGACAAUGGUACAGAGGUGCAAUUACGAAGACACGUCGCAAGUCUCGAAGAUCCUUUAACAUUAUCUUCACAACAUAUUGCACCAUUACCAACUGCAUUAUUAUUGAAGACCAUUAAUAUACAAAUAUCGGAGCAUCGGGCUCACGAUAGAUUAUAUGUAUGAAAAGAACAAAUUUGUUCUUAAUAAUAUUUACUUCAUUGAUAAUGAAAACUUUAUUUUUAAAAAAGUAAUAAAAUUGUUUAUUUCUUAUUGAUGUGCCAAAUUAACAAGUGAGGA